GCGCCGUUGGCGGAGUGGACGAGGACCGAGGCAACUCAACCAUCGCUUUCGUCGUUCUGAGCACCGCCUUGUCGAGCGGCUUCAACCGGGAGUAUGUCGCCGUCACAGCCGCUGACUACAGCGUUGUCGAGCUGCAGUUGCAGUGUACCUGCGGGCGCUUCAAGAAGAAAAGGUGGUCUCUCCAGGAAAAUGCAGAGCCAGUAGGAGAACAAAUGGGAAAGACGUUGUCACAGUUUUCUGCAACGUCGGUCAUUCGCCACUGGAGUUCGAUUCGGCGUGAACGGAGUGAAUCUCGGAAGAAGGCCUGUCAGCGAUGUGCCUGGGAUGAGCACGUCAAGGAGAUAGCUGGUCGGCGCAUGUCGGUGGAUCAGCUUCUCGACUUCUAUGCCAAACUGGGUCCCAAAAGGACGACUGGGGAGUUAUGCAUGACACAUUUCGACCCUGCACGGUCUACUACGACGGACGUUGUCCGCCACGUCGUGAUCCCGGAGUCGCGCUGCGGUGACACAGGCAAGGCCCUGGCGGAAGUUGUGCAAAGCUCAUCGCGGACGCGAUGCCUUCCCAGCUCAUCCUCGACGGUGCGCAUGGUGACGCAUCACUGGGCAAACAGGUUUAGGGAUCUCGUCGCAGCUGUUGUUGCGGACAGUUUAGGCCUCAAGCGCUGGGACAGCAUCGCAGAUGAGUUGUCCUCUGGCAGAGAGGAGGCCUUGAGGUCAAGGCUUCAGGGCCAAGGGUCACUGAACUGGGAGUACUGGAUCUGCGCAUUCUGCAUCAAUCAGCAUGCCAGCAUCUGUGAUGUUGCUAUGGGCGCCCUCGACACCGUCACCGGCGAGCCCUUGCCGACUUGUGACUGCGCUACACCAAAGUACUUAAACGAUUCUCCAGUUCAGUGCGAGCUGAACAAGUUUGACAGCAUGAUGGCUUACCUUCACCAUCGUUAUCACCAACGCUUUCUGCAAGUUGUUGCGACUGACAAAAGCUUUAACCUCUUCUCGCGCGCGUGGUGCAUAGCCGAGCUGGUCCAGGAAGAGAACUCGGCGCAACUGGAAUCACUGCGAGUAGAGGAUUGUUCGGCUUCCCGACCCGAAGACAAGGAAGGAAAGGAAGGGUCCUUUUGGCCCUUUCUUUUAGAAAAGGAGAUCGAGGAGUUCAACCGAAGGCUUCGAGAGCUCUUACUGGGAUCGGAAGGGCUUUUUGUCGGCUGGAAAGAUGCUCAGGUAGAUGGCUUCUUAUGGCUGCCCCUGCUGGGGCCCGGGGGUGUUGUUCUGGGAGAAUGUCGUUCCCGGAAAUGGAAGCAACAUGGAGGUGGAGAUUGGCCUCCAUUCCUGGGCAGGACCCGUCGUGAAGGAGCAUCUUUCCAGGGGCGAAGGAUACCUCUCUGCCCUGAGCCUGCUGCGGCAGAAACUCCAGGAUGUCUACUGCGAUCUUGGCGACGACAUGCUUGA